GAUCGGAUCCCGCCAGAUUUAACCAAUCUCCCCUUAUAAAUAAAAAACCUAAUUUCAACGAACGCAUUUGCUUUCCGAUCUCUUUCUCCUUCCGUUCUCAUAGCAUGAAAACUGCAUUGAAAGCCCUUUUCUCGACCAACCCAACCCUAAACUUCAAUUCUUAUUGUAAAAGAUGUGGUUCUUUAUUAAAGAAUUUCUCAGAUAAAGGCUUGGUCACCGAAGGAACUGCCCUUCAUUGCCAUUUACUGAAGCAGGGUAUUUUUUCUGAGAAAUUUGUAGCUAUCAAACUGUUAAUAAUGUACCUUGAUUUUAGACAAUUAGCUGAAGCUAAUCAGAUUGUAAAGGAGUUUAAUGGGUUUAAUUUAGUUGUCCAGAAUUGUUUGAUUAAUGCUAAUAUUCAGUGGGGAAGUCUGUCUGAAGCUCGGAAGCUAUUCGAAGAAAUGCCUGAAAGAAACGAGGUUACAUGGACUAUGUUGAUUUCAGGUUUAAUGAAGUACGGGAGAGUGCAAGAAUCAAUGUGGUAUUUUGAAAUGAAUCCAUUCAAGAAUGUGGUUUCAUGGACCGCGGGGAUUAGUGGGUUGUUGAAACACGGGCUUAGCUUUCAUGGUUUGAAGCUUUUUAUUAGGUUGCUUGAAUCCGGGGUUAAGCCUAAUCAAGUUACUUUUACGGCUGUGAUUAGCGCGUGUAUAGAAACUGGGGACUUCGAGUUGGGAAUGAGUGUUUUAGGACUUAUAGUGAAAACCGGGUUUGAAGCUAAUGUUUCAGUUUGCAACUCGUUGAUAACAUUUUGUUUAAGGAUGCGUGAGUUUGAUAUGGCCAGGAGGGUGUUCAAUCGAAUGGAUACAAGAGAUGUCGUUUCUUGGACAGCGAUACUGGAUAUAUAUGUGGAGAUGGGGAACUUGGGAGAGGCAAGGAGGAUUUUUGAUGAGAUGCCAGAAAGAAAUGAAAUUUCUUGGAGUGCAAUUAUUGCUAGGUAUAGUCAGAGUGGUGAUCAUCUAGAGGCCUCGAAACUCUUUCGACGAAUGGUUCAAGAAGGGUUUAAGCCAACUAUCUCUUGUUUUUCUCGCAUUCUUAGUACAUUGGCUAGCCUUGAGAAUUUACGAGCAGGGAGGAACAUACAUGCUCACAUUAAGAAAAUCGGGAUUCAGGGAGAUGUUUUUAUCAGUAGUUCUCUUGUUGACUUGUACUGUAAAUGUAGAGAUACCGAAAAUGGACGAUUGGUUUUUAAUUCCAUUGAAAACAAGAAUGUGGUUUCAUGGAAUUCUAUGCUUGGUGGCUAUUGUAUGAAUGGACAAAUGGAUGAAGCUAAGUAUUUGUUUGAUAACAUGCCUACUCGAAAUAAUGUUUCUUGGGGUGCUAUAAUCGGUGGCUAUGUAGAACAUAAGCAGUAUGAUAAGGUGUUUGAAGUAUUCAAUGUGAUGCUCUUGUCUGGGGAAUCUCCAACGAAGCAGACCUUCUCGAGUGUGCUUUCUGCUUGUGCAAGUGUGGCUUCAUUGGAGAAAGGCAGGGAUAUCCAUGGAAAGAUCUUAAAACAAGGGUUCCAUUAUGAUGUUUACUUGGGCACUGCCUUAACUGAUAUGUAUGCAAAAUCUGGCGAUAUUGAAAGCUCUAAGCAGGUUUUUGAUAGAAUGCCAGAGAGAAAUGAGUUUUCGUGGACUGUUAUGAUUCAAGGACUUGCAGAAAGUGGUCUUGCAAAAGAAUCUCUUUCCUUGUUUGGAGAAAUGGAAAGAAGUUCCUCUGUUGCUCCUAAUGAGCUCAUGCUUUUAGCCGUUCUAUUUGCAUGUUCUCAUUGUGGGUUGGUUGAUAAAGGGCUCGAGUUCUUUGGUGAAAUGGAGUCAGUCUAUGGUGUAAGGCCAAAGGGAAGACAUUAUACUUGCGUAGUGGAUAUGCUGUCUCGAUCUGGACGCUUAUACGAAGCUGAAGAGUUAAUUAAUUCCAUGCCGUUCCAACCUGAAGCUAAUGCACUUGCAGCUCUGUUAAGUGGUUGCAAGACAUAUAAAAACGAGGAGAUCGCAGAGAGAACAGCUAGAAAACUCGGUGAACUAGCAGAGAGAAACUCAGCUGGAUUUGUUUUGUUGUCAAACAUAUAUGCUUCAGCUGGGAGAUGGGUCGAUGUUUCCAACGUUAGGAAAUUAAUGAGGGAGAAGGGAUUGAAAAAGAGUGGCGGCUGCAGUUGGGUUGAGGUGAGAAACCAUGCAUACUCUUUUUAUUCGGAAGAUGGAACACACUCGAAAUCAGCUGAGAUUUACGAUAUCUUGGAGCUCUUGCAAUCUGAAAUGAUGGCACUUUAAAGAGCGGCUGCUGCAGUUGGUUUGUCAAUAAAACACGCAUCGGCAUU